AUGGCACCUUACGAGGCUCUAUAUGGUCGUAAGUGUCGAACUCCAUUGUGUUGGACUGAGUUGGGUGAGCAACGGGUUUUGGGUUCUGAGUUGGUUUUUGAGACUAAGGAUAAAGUUAGACUGAUUCGGGAUCUUCUUAAGGCGGUUUCUAAUAGACAGAAGUGUUAUGCAGAUCUGAAAAUGAGGGACAUCGGGUAUUCUGUGGGUGAUUAUUUUUUCAUUAAGGUAUCCCUAUGGAAGAAGGUUCUAUGGUUUGGACGUAAGGGCAAGUUGAGCGCUAGGUUCAAUGGGCCGUAUCGAAUUCUGAAACAUGUGGGUUCGGUCACCUAUCAGUUAGAGCUACUUUUAGAGUUGGAUCGUAUUCAUGAUGUGUUCCAUGUCUUCAUGUUGAGGAGGUAUCAAUUUGAACCAUCUCAUGUCGUUUUUGUUGAGGAGAUCGAGGUUAGACUGGAUUUAACUUUUGAGAAUGAGUCAGUUCAGAUUAUGAAUCGAGAUGUUAAAGUCUUAAGGAGGAAGUCUAUUCCUUUGGUUAAGGUUCUGUGGUGGAAUCAUGGCACUAAGGAAGCCAAUUGGGAACUUGAGGACUCGAUUCAUCAGCAACAUCCACAUAUAUUUGAAUCAAGUAAAUUUUGA